UCACUCUCUCUCCUCUCUAUCCCUCUAAAACAAUUAAAAGUUUCAGAUAAAACUACUCUUCUGAUCCAAAAAUGAGAGAAAUUCUCCAUGUUCAAGCAGGCCAAUGUGGAAACCAGAUUGGAGGAAAGUUUUGGGAGGUUGUGUGUGAUGAACAUGGCAUUGAUGCAACCGGAAAUUAUGUUGGGAACUCUCGUGUGCAGCUUGAGAGAGUUAAUGUUUACUACAAUGAAGCAAGCGGUGGCCGGUACGUGCCUAGAGCCAUCUUGAUGGACUUGGAGCCAGGUACCAUGGACAGUCUGCGUGCCGGUCCUUAUGGAAAGAUCUUCAGACCUGAUAAUUUUGUUUUCGGCCAAAAUGGUGCUGGAAACAACUGGGCUAAGGGCCAUUACACUGAAGGAGCUGAAUUGAUCGAUUCGGUCCUCGAUGUUGUCCGUAAAGAGGCUGAGAAUUGUGACUGCUUACAAGGAUUCCAGAUUUGUCAUUCACUGGGAGGUGGAACUGGAUCUGGAAUGGGGACUCUACUGAUAUCCAAGAUCAGGGAAGAGUACCCGGAUCGAAUGAUGCUGACAUUCUCAGUCUUUCCCUCACCAAAAGUGUCUGAUACUGUUGUUGAACCUUACAAUGCCACCCUUUCUGUACACCAGCUAGUCGAAAAUGCAGAUGAGUGUAUGGUCCUUGACAAUGAAGCUCUCUACGAUAUCUGCUUCCGAACGCUCAAGCUCACCAAUCCAAGCUUUGGUGAUUUGAACCAUUUGAUCUCAACAACAAUGAGUGGAGUGACAUGCUGCCUUCGCUUUCCCGGGCAACUAAACUCGGAUCUCAGAAAACUAGCAGUGAAUUUGAUACCAUUUCCGCGGCUUCACUUUUUCAUGGUUGGGUUUGCACCCUUAACAUCCCGUGGAUCACAGCAGUACCGCGCCCUCACCAUCCCUGAACUCACACAACAAAUGUGGGAUGCCAAGAACAUGAUGUGUGCAGCUGAUCCGCGCCACGGGCGAUACUUGACAGCAUCGGCUCUAUUCCGCGGAAAAAUGAGUACUAAAGAGGUAGAUGAGCAGAUGAUCAAUAUACAAAACAAGAACUCCUCAUAUUUUGUUGAAUGGAUUCCCAACAAUGUCAAGUCAAGUGUCUGUGACAUUCCUCCAACUGGGUUAUCCAUGUCUUCUACAUUCAUGGGGAAUUCUACUUCGAUCCAAGAAAUGUUUAGGCGCGUGUCGGAGCAAUUCACUGUCAUGUUUAGGAGAAAGGCUUUCUUGCAUUGGUACACUGGUGAAGGCAUGGAUGAAAUGGAGUUUACUGAGGCAGAGAGUAACAUGAAUGAUUUGGUAUCAGAAUAUCAGCAAUAUCAAGAUGCAGUUGCAGCAGAUGAAGAGGAGUACGACGAGGAGGAGGAGGCGGAGAUGUGAAUCAAUUUAUAGUUGGUUACUGCUAUGAACAAAGAAGAUGAUGUUGGUUUGUUAUGAUUUAUGUUUGUGCUUGGAUCAAAUAAGGGGGUUCUGUUCCAUGUUUUCUGGAGUUUGUAUGUAUGUAAUAUGCAUGUAACAUUCAAUUGGUGAGUAUUGUUUGCAAUUGUAAGCUAGUUUUGUUCUUGCAAGUAACGUAAAUUUGGCUGGCUUGCUUUAUUUGACAAAUAUGAUAUUUUGUUCUUAAGACCAAUAAAUCUAGUCCAGAUACAAUUUUCAGCU